AUUGAAAAUUAAACCUUCAACCAAUUAUCUCUCUCUGUAAUGGCGUCGCAUCAUGCAUCUCUCGGUCGACGGACGUUGGAAGAAAUUCGUCAAAAGAGGGCAGCUCAGAAACUAAGCAAAACCUCAUCUGGACCUGAUCUCACAAGGCCUCCUAACCCUAGCGAGGUUUUUGGGAUCAAGAAAUCAUCGAGCGGAAGUGGAAUCUCUGAGCAGAGUGAUGUUAGUGGCUUGGUAUCACAGCUACAAGAGUUGCAGAAAAGGAAUGUAGAGCUGGAUGAAGAAAAUAAAAAACUGAUCUCAGAGCUUCAUUCUAAUGAAGUGGAGAAUGACAUGCUCCGGAAGCGUGUGAAUGACUUGGAACAAAACACUGUACCCUCCUUGAGAAGAGCUCUUAAGGAUGUUGCGAUGGAAAAGGACGCAGCCUUUGUUGCACGGGAGGAUUUCUCAGCGCAGGUUCGAGCACUUAAGAAGCGUCUAAAGGAAGCAGAAGAAGAGCAAUAUCGAGCCGAGGAAGAUGCAGCUACACUAAGAGCAGAAUUAAAUUUGCUACAACAACAAGCAAUCAGUGGUGAUCUUGGUGUCGUUACCUCCAGGGGAGGUCCACCAAAUCACAUGCAAGCUAUUGAGAAGGAGCUUGCAGAUCUGAAGACCCAACUGGAGCAAGAGUCAAUGCUGAGGCGGCAAGAGGGAAUGAUGAGGCGGCAAGAGCAACAACAAUUAGCAGAGGAGCAAAUAAGGAUAUCUGCCAUAAUGUCUGAGAAAAAAGAAUUGGAAGAAAAGCUAGUGGUCAUGUCCAAAGAGGCCUCAGGAAUUACUGAAAGAGGAGCCCAGCUAACAAUGGAAGAUAAAGAGAUACUUGAGAAGCAGUUGCAUGACAUGGCAGUAGCUGUUGAGAGAUUGGAGAGUAGCAGACAAAAGCUACUAUUGGAGAUUGAUUCGCAAUCUUCCGAGAUAGAAAGGCUUUUUGAGGACAAUUCAAACUUGUCAUCAGCUUACCAAGAGGCAACAGGCAUGGUGGCACACUGGGAAAAUCAGGUAAAAGAUUGUUUGAAACAAAAUGAGGAGCUCCGUAGCAUGCUAGAUAAAUUGAGAACAGAACAAGCGAGUAUAUCCAUCGUGAAUGAUCGUGAGAGUCACAAAGGUGUAUUGGAAUUCAACAAAGAAGGGGCGGGUGAGAUUUCUCAGGCUUAUACUGCUGAAGUUGUAUCCCUAAAGGGUCAACUUGCUAAAGAACAGAGCAGGGCUGAGACACUGUCUGCAGAAGUUUUGCAACUCUCAGCUCAGCUCCAACAGGCCAUGCAAGCCUACAACGGUCUUGCUCGCCUCUACAAACCCGUGUUACGGAACAUUGAGAGUAAUUUACUCAGAAUGAAGCAGGAGGGCUCUUUGAUUGUGCAGUAAGCUGAAGGAGCAUUUGCAUGUUGAACAUACUUCUGGUAAACUCACAUUAAAUACUAAAGCCUGUAUCACAUAUUUACUCACUAAUCAUCAUUCAAAAGAUUUGGAAAACCAACGUUCAUCAUUUAUAAAAAGUUUGCUUGAUUCA